AUGGGCUCUCUGGAGUACAGGCUGGACAGCCAGUAUAGUGAUCCAAGAAUAUCAGAACGAUCUGUAGACCAGCCACGACCGAUCAAGGUCAUCUAUGUCGGUGCUGGGAUAUCGGGAAUCAAUGCAGCGAUCAGGUUACCACAGCUUAUGCCUGAGGGCUCACUGGAGCUGGUAGUCUACGAGAAGAACGCCGACAUAGGAGGGACGUGGUUCGAGAACAACUACCCAGGCAUUGCCUGUGACAUACCAGCACAUUCAUACCAGCUCAGCUACGAAAGCAGCUACCAGUGGUCAAAAUUCUACGCGACUGGUGGGGAGAUCCAGAAGUACUGGCUGCGAGUUGUGGAGAAGUAUGGCGUGCGAAAGUAUAUGACAUUCAACCACCAAUGCAUAGAAGCACGCUGGAACGAGCGGACGUCGAAAUGGCACGUUAAAUUUCAGAAAGUGGGAACGGAUGAGGUGGUCGAGGAUAUCGGCGAUGUCCUGUGCACUGGUACGGGUGUGUUGAAUGACUGGAAGUGGCCAGAUAUUCCGGGGCUGCAUGAUUUCAAGGGCAUCAAGGGGCACAGUGCGAAUUGGGAUACAUCCACUGAUCUCAAGGACAAGAACAUCGCUGUGAUCGGAGCUGGCUCAUCAGGAAUCCAGAUCGUUCCAGCACUGCUCCCCCACGUCAAGCACAUGGAUCACUACGUCCGCGGCCGGACUUGGAUCGCCGCUUCAUUCGGACACGAGCUAGUCCGAGAACGAAACGACGGCGCAGACGGCAACUUCGCCUACACCGAAGAGGAGAAAGCUCUGUGGAAGAAGGACCCAAGUGCAUACAUCAAAUACCGCAAAGCGCUCGAAUGCGGCAUGCAAGGUGGCUACGCCGUCACGCAUCGCGGAACAAAGGAGCACACCGGUGCCUGGAAGGCCUUCGAGGAGGAGAUGAGGCAACGGCUGACCAAGAAGCCCGAAGUCGCUGAGAAUCUCAUCCCGAGCUUCCCACCUCUGUGCAAGCGCCUGACCCCCGGUCCUGGCUAUCUCGAGGCGCUGUCCGACGACAAGACCGAUGUCAUUCCCGACAAGAUCGACAGAGUUGAUGCCGAGGGAAUCUGGACUGUGGACGGGAAGCACCGUAAAGUCGACGCGAUCGUAUGCGCAACGGGCUUUGACACCAGCUUCAAGGGCCGCUUCCCCGUGUACGGCAUUGAUGGCAAGAACCUGCAGGAUCGCUAUGCACAGCGACCGGAGACUUACCUCUCAAUGGGCGUCGACGGGUUUCCCAAUUACUUCCAGAGUCUGGGGCCUAAUGCUGGCGUCGGGAAUGGCAACUUGAUCAUCAUUAUUGAGUCUGUCGCUGCAUACAUGGCGCAGAUCUUCACUAAGUUGGCAACGGGUAACACCCUUACGAUCAUGCCCAAGAGGAAGGCGGUGGAGGACUUCACGAACUACGCCGAUGCGUUCUUCAAGCGGACCGUCUUCAGCGCUGAGUGCAAUAGCUGGUACAAGUCCAGCCCGCCCGGCACGAGUCCAGAGGACAGGAAGAGGGGGAGGAUUUCGGCGCUCUGGCCGGGUAGUUCGCUGCAUGCGGUGAAAGCGUUGGAGAAGGUCAGAUUUGAAGACUACGAUAUGACGACGGUAGAUGGGAAUGAUUUUGGGUGGUUUGGUGAUGGGUGGACCAAGGCGGAGAGGGAGGGGGAUAAGGAGGGGUUGAGUUGGUAUAUCAAUGGGACAAGGUUUGUGGAGGAUGAUGUGGUGAAGGAUGAGGAGAGGGAGGCGAAGAGGCAGAAGAUUGAUGAGAGGGCACCGGAGCCGAAUAAGCCUGAGGUCACGAAGAGUGGUGUUGUGGUCUCGGACGCGGUGCAUGUUCCGACGAUUCCCAAUGGGGUGGCUGCGACGUGA